AUGUCGUCAGCCAAAGUUAAAAGUAAUCGAUCAUCAGCUCAAAAUGUUGAUUCAUCAGGCAUUCGUAAAAUUCAUAGUCGUCAUACAUGGAAAUUAGAAAGUAUAAGUCAUGGUAAAGGACAACCCGUAUCACGAAAAGCUGUUCAAUAUGUCAUAGAUGAAGUAGCUAAACGAAAGGAAAAAUUCCACUUUUCAAAACAAGAAAUUGAAUCACUUUGUACCAUAUUUCGUCAUUUGACUAAAAGUGGUGAUAAAGAAAAAAUUGAUCGAAAUCGUUUUCGUGAUAUUCUACAUAAUACAUUUGAUAUGACUGAUGAUAUUUUAAUGGAUCGAGUUUUCAAAGCAUUCGAUCGUGAUAAUGAUGGACAAGUAAGCAUGCUUGAAUGGGUUGUUGGACUUAAUACAUAUUUACGUGGAACAUUAGAUGAAAAAAUUGCUUUUGCUUUUACUUGUUAUUCACUCAAAGGUGAAAAACAUAUAACCCGUGAAGAAAUUUUUCAAUUACUUAAAAGUAGUGUUCUCAAACAAGCUGGUGAUGAAGAUCCAGAUGAAAGUAUUAAAGAAUUAGUUGAAAUAACAUUAAAAAAAAUGGAUAAAGAUCAUGAUAAUCGUUUGGGUGAUAAUGAUUUUUCACAAUCUGUUCGUGAAGAUCCCCUUCUUCUGUCAUGUUUUGGUCAAGUAUUUGCUAAUGCAAGAAGAAAAGCUGAUUUCGAACGAAUACUUGAACAUAUGUCUGAACAAGUUGUAUUCGGUCAAACGUUUACACAACAACAAUUAGCAACCAUUAUUUUUCAAAUUAUUAAUGGUCAAGAAGAUAGAAUUUUAGCUUUAGAAAAACGAAUACAAAUUUUAGAAGCUCGACAACAACAAUAUCCUGAAGUAACAUUCCUAACAUACAAAGAUAGGAAACGUAUUCUUGUUACUGGUGGAGCUGGUUUUGUUGGUUCACAUCUUGUUGAUCGUUUAAUGCUUCAAGGACAUGAAGUAAUUGUAGCUGAUAAUUUUUUUACUGGUCGUAAACGUAAUAUUGAACAUUGGAUUGGUCAUGAAAAUUUUGAAUUAAUCAAUCAUGAUAUUGUCAAUCCACUUUUUAUUGAAGUUGAUCAAAUUUAUCAUUUGGCAUCACCUGCUUCUCCACCACAUUAUAUGUAUAAUCCUGUUAAAACUAUUAAAGUCAAUUCAAUUGGUACAAUUAAUAUGUUAGGUUUAGCACGUCGUGUUCGUGCUCGAUUAUUAUUUGCUUCAACAAGUGAAGUCUAUGGUGAUCCUGAAGUUCAUCCACAAAAAGAAACAUAUUUUGGUAAUGUUAAUCCGUUUGGACCAAGAUCUUGUUAUGAUGAAUCAAAACGAGUUGCUGAAGCAAUGUGUUAUGCAUAUGCUAAACAGGAAGGAAUUAGUAUUCGUAUAGCUCGAAUAUUUAAUACAUAUGGUCCACGAAUGCAUAUGAAUGAUGGACGUGUUGUUAGUAAUUUUAUUUUACAAGCACUUCAAAAUGAACCCAUAACAGUUUAUGGUAGUGGUAAACAAACACGAUCAUUUCAAUAUGUUAGUGAUCUUGUUGAUGGUCUUAUUGCAUUGAUGAAUAGUAAUUAUUCAAUGCCGAUGAAUUUAGGAAAUCCAGAUGAAUACACAAUUGAACAGUUUGCUUUUAAAAUAAAAGAUCUUGUUGGAUCACAAGCUCCAAUUGUUUAUAAAGACCCUGUUACUGAUGACCCAAAACAACGACGGCCCGAUAUAACAUUAGCAAAGUCUUGGCUUAAUUGGGAACCACAAGUUUUACUUAAUGAUGGUCUUAAUAAAACGAUAGCAUAUUUUCGUAAUGAACUUCUUGUGAAACAUCAUAGUGAACGUAAUGUUUUCUUUCCCAAUGAAUGGUUACAUUUACCGAAUGUAAAUACAAUAAAAUCAACAAAACACAUUGAACUUUGA